CCCGAGCUAAGUCUGGAGCGCCCACCGGGCUUAGGGUCUGGGAGCACGUAAGCCAGGACUAGGGUUGCAUCAACUGCAGCCUCCUCUGUCUCUCUUCCCUCCCCUUGCCCUCGCCCCCUCCACACUCGGGGUGGGAGGGGGGAGGGCUGCGGAGCCCUCCCUGGGUCCUUCGGACUCCUGGCCAAUGAGAGGGGACGCCUCCUCGUGGCUCUCUGGGUUCGUGCUCUAGGGGAGCUAUCGUCUUCAAGUCCAGGCAAAUCCCGGCCGGAGAGACCCGACCACUCCUCCUCCCCGCCCCCUUCCGCAGAUUCCCUUCCUUUGGGUGGGGGCAGGCCGGCAGGGAGCUCUUUCUAGGAGCGGUUUGUGCACGGAUCCAGAAAGGGAGUGAGCCACCUGGGACUGACCAGCGAAGAUCGAUUCCCCUUCCCCAGUCCCCACCUCGGAUCUGAAAAUUGCCCGGAGUGCUUUAGGGGUUUGGCUGGCCGCCUGAUACUGGGCGGCAGCGGCCAGAGCUGGGGGAGAAAGCGGAUAACCCUUGGUCCCGACUCCCGAAGACUAACGAGUCUCGGGCUGCUCCCUUUUAAAAUGUUCUAGGUUCAUCAAAGUUUGUUUUGCCGUCUCCUCCGAGAGGAGAGGGACUUUGUAGGGAGGCAAGAUAUAAUGCUGUUUUAAAGCCUCCCUUUUCCUUCCAGCAGCCUCGGAAAUGAACGUCGUUUAUUAUUUAUGGAGAGCCUACUGUAUGCUAGGGUACAGGUUUUGUCUGACCAAGACAACAAAUACAAACUGUAGUGUAGCCCCAUUUUACAGAGUGAGAAAACUGAGGGCCAAAAGGGCUGAGAGAGGCUUCUUUCACCUAACCUUCAUUCCUUGGCCUGUGUAUGUCUAGGAUUUGGGAGAAUGCUUGGCACUGCAGAAGAUAAUUCCUCUUUGUUUUCCUUUUUCCUAAGUCUAGAACAGUGGAAGGUAUAUCGCCAGAGCUGGUGUAUUGACAGACCAGUCCUAAGGAGCAUCAGGAGGGCCGGGCUCGGCGAGGCCCUAGAGGGCCCAGUGCCUUCAUUCCAGCAGAGGAGAUCCUUCAGGAAGGAGCUGAGAGCCUGGUGCAGCACCUGGGACUCGAGGCUCUGAUGUCUUCAGGGAGGGUGGACAACCUGGCGGUGGUGAUGGGCCUGCACCCUGACUACCUUAGCAGCUUUUGGCGCCUACACUAUCUGCUGCUGCAUACAGAUGGGCCCCUGGCCAGCCCUUGGCGUCACUACAUUGCCAUCAUGGCUGCUGCCCGCCACCAGUGUUCUUACCUGGUGGGCUCCCACAUGACUGAGUUCCUGCAGACUGGCGGUGACCCGGGGUGGCUGCUGGGCCUCCACCGGGCACCUGAAAAGCUUCGCAAACUCAGCGAGAUCAACAAGUUGCUGGCACAUCGGCCAUGGCUCAUCACCAAGGAGCAUAUCCAGGCCUUACUGAAGACUGGAGAGCACAGCUGGUCCCUGGCUGAACUCAUCCAAGCUCUGGUCCUGCUUACGCACUGCCACUCUCUGGCCUCCUUCGUGUUUGGCUGUGGAAUACUUCCUGAAGGAGAUGCAGAGGGCAGUCCUGCCUCACAAGCACCCUCGCCCCCCAGUGAGCACGGAAGUCCCCCAAGUGGCGACCCAUUGAACAACUCUGGGGGCUUCGAAGCUGCCCGCGACAUAGAAGCUCUGAUGGAACGCAUGAGGCAGCUGCAGGAGAGCCUGCUGCGGGAGGAGGGGGCUUCCCAGGAGGAAAUGGAGAACCGUUUUGAGCUGGAGAAGUCAGAAAGUCUGCUGGUAACCCCCUCAGCGGAUAUCCUGGAGCCGUCUCCACACCCAGACAUUCUGUGCUUUGUGGAAGACCCCACUUUCGGAUAUGAAGAUUUCACUCGUCGAGGGACUCAGGCUCCGCCUACCUUCCGAGCCCAGGAUUAUACCUGGGAAGACCAUGGCUACUCACUGAUCCAGCGGCUCUACCCUGAGGGAGGACAGCUGCUGGAUGAGAAGUUUCAGGUUGCCUACAGCCUCACCUAUAACACCAUCGCCAUGCACAGUGGUGUGGACACCUCGAUGCUCCGCAGGGCCAUCUGGAACUACAUCCACUGUGUCUUUGGCAUCAGAUACGAUGACUACGACUAUGGGGAGGUAAACCAGCUCCUGGAAAGGAACCUCAAAAUUUAUAUCAAGACAGUGGCCUGCUACCCAGAGAAGACCACCCGCAGGAUGUACAGCCUCUUCUGGAGGCACUUCCGCCACUCAGAGAAGGUUCACGUGAACUUGUUGCUCCUGGAGGCCCGAAUGCAAGCAGCCCUGCUCUAUGCACUCCGUGCCAUCACCCGCUACAUGACCUGACUCCUUCCCACGCAGGACCAGCACCCGGAGCGGCUAACCCUGGGGCACUGUCCUCUCUACAAGGAUUUCUGUGUCUGGAGACAGAUCCAGGGCCCUUUCUGUCUCAUGUCCAUCCACCGAAUGCUGGGGAUGGGCAUGUGCGUGGUGUGCAGCUCCCUGGGCAAGCACACCUUCUUUUCUCUCACUGGACUGGACAGGAUUGUUGCACUGACUUUGGGUCUCAGCUCUGCCCCUGGAGCGGGAAGUCUAGGAAAGCCCAAGAGGCCAUACCACUUUGUCUUUCCUGUUCCUAAAAACAACUGAAGGAGAAUGGGUUGAGCUCAGAUUUAUAGGCCAGCACAAGUACUAAGAUGGUCCUGGACUGGGAAGCCCCUGACUGCCCCUGGAGGAAAGGAGCACAGACCUCAAGGGAACACUCCAGGAAGCUCACCUUCCCCCUCCUCAUUCUACAAUUUCAUUACCUCCCUCCUGCCUUCCACCCAUCAAUGUGAACGUCGGACUCACAGCUGGUCUGUGUGCCCAGUUUCCCCAAAGCCUGUUCUGCUGGGCAGCCUGGUUUUUGGUUGCCUGAAUAUUGGUUCAGUUCUUUUGUGUCUCCUUUGCCCUCAUUCCCUUUUCUCCCAUGCCUGUUGGGGUAGGGCCCGGGAGAGGGGCCAAACACAUCCAAAGAACAUACUGUCUCUGGAGAGUUGGAUCCCAUGUCAAUCCCUCUGCUGUCUGAAGAGUAAGGAGUAAAUGCCAAUGAACUCUGUAUUUGGGUCUUAUGGACAAGGUCUGGCCUCUUAAGGACCUCACUGGAGCCAGAGUCAAGUCCUAGGAGGGAGAUGGUCCUGUUCUAGACCGUAUUACCAUGCAGAGGCCGGUAGUCCUUUCUUCUGAUCCCUCGGGCUCUGCCAAGAAUGCUUGCCAAAACAUUGAGCCUUUCUUAGCUGGCACCACGGCCCAUCCAGCAAGUGGCAGAUACCAAGGUUCUUUCUCUUGGUGACAUUGCUGCGCCUCUUGGACCUCAUGGUUGCAGACCUAAGGGAUGGCUUCAGUUUCUCAAGGUUUGACACUUGCCUUUGGCCUCUCAGUCCAAACCAUCAACAGCAGGUUGAUUUUCUUGCAAGACCUUGAAGGCCUCUGGGGACCCUUAGUGUACAGCCAACCUUCCAAGGGAUACCUCCCCCACCCCAGUGACCCAUCUGUCCCCUCUCCUGGAUUUAAAUGAAUUGCUUGGCAGAAGCAGCCAAGGACUGAUAGGCACUUUACAUAGAAAAAACAACUGUGAAUUCUGACUUCCCUUCCCUUCCACCAGCAGUAAGUAGGUGCCUCCUCUGGGCCAGUCAAGGACACACUGCUGCUGUUUCCGACUCUCCUUCAUUGGGCCAGGCAGAACAGGAGCCUGGCCCGUGUGCCACAUUUCAUACCCGUGCAGGCACGGGACACAACUAGUGCCCCCUCCAGGCUUGAAAGCCCUCCCUCAAUGAAGGUGGACAAGAGUGGAGGGGGCCUCAGCAUGGGGGUACAUUCUAGAGGGGACAUGAUGACUCUCGGUGUCCCUUGGGUGGGUGGGAAGGGUAUCCAUUGUUAAAGUGCAGAAGUCUUUGGCCUUCCUUGUAAGCAGUUCUAGGUAAGAGAAAUAAAAGUUCGCUGAGGUUUGUUUUGUA